AUGUCGUCGCCGCCAUGGAGUUUCUCGCAGCAGGAGUUGGAGGAGCAGUAUCGGGAACGCGCUUACUUCAGCCAAGAGAUGAAGGUGUCCAAAUACGAACUCUACCGGGAGGACAUCAAGGACUUGACAGAUCUCACCGUGUCCAAGAUGGACGUGUACAUGGUGAUCAACGUCUUGCAACUUCUGUUCUGCGUGAUGUUGUUCACGGAAGGAAUGCCAAAACCUCGAACGACUCCCUUGUGGUUGCACUGGAUUCUGGCUGCAAGCAGUGGUUCUGCCGUCCUGUACUUCGUGCUGAGCAUCUGGCUCGGCAUGCACGCAUCGAUCGCUGCACACUCCUUCGGCGUCAGGCUGCUGACACAGUUCGUGCCGUCCUCGUGCGGGCAAGGGGGCUGCUUCAGCAAGUUAUAG